AGGUUCGAUAGAAAGAGAAGAGUCACAGAACUCACAGAGUGUAACAUUGUUCCUAUACAUUUGGCGCGACCAUUCUCUUUUCGAACUGACUAAGAGUUUUAUUUUUUGCUUUAUUCGCGUCACGCUAAUUGACUUACAUUCUAAUGAACCACUCAUUUCAUCAAAAAUAGAAACAACACAGAAUAUGAACGAAACAACAAGUUAGAAGUCAACAGCCAUGCGUUAAUAAUAAACAACCGUAUCUAAACUUUUCAGAUGAUCGUGACAUUUAAUUAACAAUUCAAAGAUAGAACUCUGCACAGAAGUCGCGACGUGACAGCGUCGUGUCAUUGUCACCCAUUCAAAGUUUCUGACGAUAUUGUUUACAUUUGUAUUUUCCAACUUUCACAUCAAUAUGCAUGGGUAGGAGGGAGCUGAAAGUGAUGAGAAUCACGAAACGUUUUGUGAUAAUGGUGGCGUCAGUGUCGCUCGCGGUGUUCACGAGCCGGCUGCUGAACAGGCGAGCGCUGGUGCACCACCCACCGCAGGUCGCGCACGACAGUUACUGGGACCAUGUAAUAGAUCACUAUGGGAUUCCCUUUUUACAGCUUUGUAUAACAUCCCUCUACAAAUUAUAUAUAAAAUUUACUAUUUUUAACGCGUUAGUAUUUAGCGUCAAAUAUUUUCCGUCCGGAUUAUAUCUGUACAAGUUUGUGAGCAGUGUCUACAAUACUUCCAAAGAACGUCUGAGGAUAAAGCAAAUAGAGCUCGAAGAUUUAGUUUUAGAGAUCGCGAUGGUGAAGACGAAGCAGGUGGUCCGCGAGACGGAGUGCACGGAGCUGCUGGCGCUGCAGGAGCGCGAGGCGGCGCGGCUGCGCGACAUGCGCGCGCGCGUGCAGGCGCUCGUGGCCGACGACCAGGCGCUGCGCAAGCUGCUAGACACCUUCGCCGUCGAGAAACCGCACCAUUUGGAACAUCACAAUGCCGAACAAGACCUCCACUUAAUGGAACUCCUGGCAUUCGACAAAAGUAAACUAGCAGAGGGAGCAACUGAAAGCAUAGACGACCCAAGAGAGGAUCCAGUGUCCGGCAAGAGCGAAUACUCGUCGGUGAGUGAGGCGGAGGUCGAGAAGGACUGCCAAAUCAAGAUCAUUGAAGUCACCAACGUCUACAAAGUGGCGUAUCUCAAGCACUACAUUAAGCUGAAGCGAAUCCGGCGAGCUAGCAGACACGCGUUGUUAAAGAAAAAGAUGGCAAACAUCAAGAAGCUUUUGGAGAGCUGGCAAAAGGCGCUCAACAUGGUAAUGAAGGACCACCGAUACAUCAUGCGGCGGGACCGGGACGAAACAUCAGAGGACAUCAGCGCCUCGCGGCCGCUUGAUUCCGAUACCGACACCGCCGUGGAUGAGUACAACACCGAAUGGGAGCAGCCAGGACUUUACAAGCACUACUAUCGGGAGCCUGAAAUAACGGAUUGUUCAGGGGACUACCCAUGUCACGACUACAACGACCAAUAUUACGGGAACUGCUACGAGGAUACGGAGCCGUCAGUGUGCGAGUCGCAAGAGGCCUGCAAGCGGCCGGAGCUGCCGCUCCUCCUGGAGGAGACCAGCAGCCAGCUGUUCGCGCUGCAGGACGCGCACCAACACCACAACGACUCUAGCGACUGCCCCAAGAGUUAGCUUUUGACACUUUCAAAUUUAUUAUUAAAUGUUUUUCUUUUUAUCGUGUUUUGCUUGGACGCUCCGAUAUUUUUAUAAUGGCUCUAAAGUCAGCGAGUUAGCUUUCUUUUGAAUCACGAAAAAGAAGCGUGAACGCCGAAGGCACGUC